AUGUUUAGAAAAAGUCGGAACAUAAAAAAUAUAUUAAGUCUUGUACCGGGAAAAAGAUGAUUUGGGACAUACAGAUUCUUGCCCUAGUUCUUUUGUAUCAGAGGUGUCAUGGAAUGGAUCAUGAUUAAUGUGAGGAUAGGAAGAGAAACAUUUUAUGAUGUCUACAGAAGAAAGCAAUCAGAGAGGGAAUAUCAACAGAAAAUUGACAAGGGUUUGAUUGUCCUCACUGAGUGA